UCUGACAAUUAUGUGACAGUUGCGGUCGACGAUACAAAUGCAAAUGAAAUAGAGAAGAAAUUUUCAACAAUUGCUAUUGUAGUGAAAAACUUAGAGUAAUAGUUAAAAAUGGGAAAUGAAACAUCUUUGCCCAUGGAAAUGUGCUCCAAUUUUGACGCGGAUGAAAUUCGACGUCUAGGAAAACGUUUUCGGAAGCUUGAUCUUGAUAAUUCUGGAGCAUUGAGCGUUGAUGAAUUCAUGUCAUUACCAGAAUUACAGCAGAAUCCUUUAGUUCAACGCGUCAUCGAUAUAUUUGAUGCCGAUGGGAAUGGUGAGGUUGACUUCAAAGAGUUCAUCCAAGGUGUGUCGCAAUUUAGCGUGAAGGGUGACAAAUUGUCUAAACUUCGGUUUGCAUUUCGAAUAUAUGAUAUGGAUAACGAUGGAUAUAUAUCUAAUGGAGAAUUAUUUCAAGUUUUAAAAAUGAUGGUCGGAAAUAAUCUAAAAGACACUCAAUUGCAACAAAUUGUUGAUAAAACUAUCGUAUUCGCGGAUAAGGAUGAAGAUGGAAAAAUUUCAUUUGAUGAAUUUUGUUCCGUUGUUGGAAAUACUGAUAUUCAUAAAAAGAUGGUUGUUGAUGUUUAAAAUGUAUUUAUAGAACACUUAAUUUUUUAUGUAGACAAAAGGCAUUAGUUUUUUUGUUUAUGUUUUAUAUAUCUGUGUAUGGUUUCUUUUUCUUCUUUCAAUAAUAACAUAAAGACUAUUAUUCUACUCUUUUUUAAUCCAAUAAUUCUUGUUUGCUGGUAAACGAUGUAUUAAAGAGAAGUUAGAAAAAUGGCAAUUACAAAAUGAUUACAUAUAUUAUUAUAUAUAUAAUUACAUAUAUAUGUACUUAUAAAUAUAAAGAAAAGAUAUCAAAAAUCUUGAAAUUAUUCACCAUCUUUUCGGUUUCUUUUGAAUCCUUGUUGUAUAUUAAUAGAAAAGAAGGAAAAGAAAACUCGUAGUUUGAUAAAUAAGGAAAAGAUGAAAUAGAUCCUAUGUCGAUAUCACGUCCUUUGUCUGAUUACAAACUUUAAAAUCCCCUUCUAUAUAUAUACAUUUUUUUAUUAGUUUCAUUUAUCCACAAUUAUUCGUGCACAUUUUUUACUUUCAGAAGUUAAUAAUUUUUAUUUCUGCCAUUGUAGUUAAUAAAAAUGUAAUUAAUGUGUUUGCAAAUAAAAAUAACUUCUUUUUUGUAAUUUUAGUGUUAAACUCUUACAUAAUAACAGAAGAAAUUAGAAAAAAAAAUCAUAUUUCAUAAAAAUUUACUACAUCUUGUGUAAAGUGUGCCAACCAAAGCGCUCGAAAAUUAUAUAAAAAUUUCACAGGUUGAAACAAUGGCUCUUGCACAGUGUGUAUAUUGUGAGAAUGAAAGGGAUGAAUACAUUUAGUUGAGUUUUUAAAUUGGCAACACAAGAUUUUUACAAAAGAAACAAAAAAUAUAAGGAUAUACUAAAAUAAAUUUUAAAUUUUCUUACAAUGAGUCUGAUAUUGCACAGAAUGUAAGAACUUUCAUUUUGGAUUGAAAAAACUCUACUAAAUAUGUUUGCCUCAAGUAAUGAAAAUAAAUGAAAUAGAAGAUCUCUGCCUUAUUAAUAACUGUUUGUAUAAGUGUUUCAACAUGGAGAAAAAUAAUAUUGAACGAAAAAGUGGGGAAAAUAAAAAAAAUCAAUAAAAAAACAAAAAAACGAUAAUGAAUGAAUAGGUUGAUAUUUAUUUUAUUUUAUAAUGAUAUAUACAAAUUUGUACAUAUUAUUUUCUUAAAACUCUGACGAGGCAGAGAGUUAACAUUAAAAUUUAAAAAAAAAAUCAAGAAAGAAAGGAACAGAAAAUAUCAAUAUGAUUAAGAAAUUAUACAAGAUUAAUUAAUGAUUUCACUUUAAAUACAAUUAAAAUUUUCCGUUAUUCAUUCUUACAUCAUAAUAGGAAGAAAAAAAUUAAUGAAUUUAGGCACUUAACUAAUAAAUAGACUCACAAGAAAUUAAUUAAUUAAGAAUUAAUUAAUUAAGAAUAUGGUAUUAAAAACAAUCUAUCUAGAUAAUCGCAUUCUGAAUUCUUUUUAUAACUAACCAAGUUCUAAGCUGUGUGAGUAGUUUAUUCAUACUCUUUGUAUACUAUUGCAAUAUUCACAUAAUUUGCGGGAUAUGAUAUAAUGUAAAAGUGCAUUCUACACUAGUCCAUUACUGUCUAAACUUUUAGUAUUUCAUCUCUUUUUUAUUUUAAUUUUUUUAUUAUAACAGUUGAUACAGUAAAUAUGAAUGUAUAGUGCACUUUUGUAUUGUUUUAUCAGGGAGAGUCCUACAUUAAUAUGAGAUUU